ACACUCUCUCUCUCUCUCCACCCUCGCGUUUCUCUCACCGUUCUCCCUCCCUCUCUUACUCUCCCACAGAGCCUCCGCUACAAAAUUUAACCCUCUUUCGCCAAAUUUAGCGACGCAAAUCCUCUAAAUCUAGAGCAGAUCUACAGUUUGUUCACCAGAUCGGAAAACCCUAGUCGAAUCUGUUCCUCCCCAGCAAUGGAGGAGGCUUUGGAAAUUUCUCGUUCUAAGGACACUAAGGAGAGAAUGGCGGGGGUGGAACGGUUGUACCAGUUUCUUGAAGCUUCUAGAAAGAGUUUGUCGUCGGCAGAGGUCUCUUCGCUUGUCGACUGUUGUUUGGAUCUAUUCAAAGAUAACAACUUCAAGGUUUCUCAGGGGGCUCUUCAAGCCAUAGCCUCUGCUGCUGUGCUUUCUGGUGAGCAUUUGAAGUUGCAUUUCAAUGCUCUUGUGCCGGCUGUGGUUGAGAGAUUGGGCGAUGGGAAGCAGCCUGUUCGAGAUGCUGCGAGAAGGUUGCUACUUACUCUCAUGGAGGUUUCUUCCCCAACCAUCAUUGUUGAAAGAGCUGGGUCUUAUGCCUGGACGCACAAGAGCUGGAGAGUCCGGGAGGAGUUUGCACGGACUGUAACGUCGGCUAUUGGUCUUUUUGCUUCAACUGAGCUACCCCUUCAGCGGGCUAUGCUUCCUCCAAUUUUGCAGAUGUUGACUGAUUCAAAUCCUGGUGUUAGGGAAGCGGCUAUUUUGUGUAUUGAGGAAAUGUAUACACAGGUUGGUUCACCAUUUCGGGAUGAACUGCAACGCCAUCAUCUUCCUACAUCCAUGAUUAAAGACAUUAAUGCCAGACUGGAGAGAAUUGAGCCAAAGAUUCGCUCUUCAGAUGGCCUUGCAGGUCAUUUUGCUGCUUCUGAAAUGAAGCCUGCUAGUCUUAACCAGAAAAAGAGCAGUCCAAAGACUAAGAGUUCCACGCAUGUGAUGUCUCUUUCUGGAGAAGGUGAUGUCACAGAAAAACCUGUAGAACCUGUUAAAGUAUACUCAGAAAAGGAGCUUAUCCGGGAAAUUGAGAAGAUAGCAUCAACUCUUGUACCAGAUAAAGAUUGGUCUGUCCGCAUUGCUGCCAUGCAGAGACUUGAGGGCCUUGUCUUUGGAGGUGCUACUGAUUACCCUAGUUUUCUCACACUCUUGAAGCAGCUUGUUGCACCUCUGUGCACUCAGUUAUCUGACCGGAGAUCUAGCAUAGUAAAGCAGGCUUGUCAUCUUUUGAACUUAUUGUCGAAGGAACUUCUGGGAGAUUUUGAGGCGUGUGCUGAGAUGUUCAUUCCGGUUCUUUUCAAGCUUGUUGUCAUAACUGUCCUGGUAAUAGCUGAAUCUGCAGACAAUUGCAUAAAAACGAUGUUGCGGAACUGCAAAGUUGCUCGUGUACUUCCACGAAUUGCUGAUUGCGCAAAGAAUGACCGUAGUGCGGUGCUUCGUGCCAGGUGUUGUGAGUAUGCACUGCUGAUACUAGAAUAUUGGGCCGAUGCACCAGAGAUACAACGAUCGGCUGAUCUUUAUGAAGAUUUUAUUAAGUGCUGUGUGGCAGAUGCAAUGAGUGAGGUACGAGCAAAUGCUAGAACUUGCUAUAGAAUGUUUGCCAAAACAUGGCCGGAACGUUCCCGUCGCCUAUUUUCAUCCUUCGAUCCUGUUAUUCAAAGGAUCAUUAAUGAUGAAGAUGGGGUUAUGCACAGAAGAUAUGCUUCCCCUUCCCUCCGUGAGAGAGGUGCGCCAAUAUCACGUACUGUAUCACAAACGACUACACCUUCAAAUCUACCUGCAUAUGGAACUUCUGCUAUUGUCGCUAUGGAUAGAAGUGCAAGUCUCCCACCAGGGGCAUCCAUUUCUUCUGGUCUGCUUCCAUCUCAAGCAAAGUCUGUUGCAAAAGGCGCUGAAAGAAGUCUUGAAAGUGUGCUGCAUGCUAGCAAACAAAAGGUUACAGCUAUUGAAAGCAUGCUGAGAGGUUUAGAUUUAUCUGACAGAUACAAUUCUUCAACUGUACACUCAACUAGCUUGGAUUUAGGAGUUGACCCUCCAUCAGCUCGUGAUCCACCAUUUCCUCCCGCUGUUCCUGCUUCGAAUCAUCACAUGAAUUCUAUGUUGACAGACAUGACCGCAUCUCAUAUUACUAAAAGUAGUAAUCGUAAUGGUGGGUUUAUUAUGUCUGAUCUCAUCACUUCAGAGAUUCAAGCAUCUAAAGAUAAUGGUAAAUUAUCGUAUAAUCUGAAAACUGAGCCUUUGUCGGCCCUUUCAACUUCAUACACAACCAAGCGAGCUUCUGAAAGACAACAAGGAGGUUCAAUUGAAGAGAAUGCUGAUAUCAGGGCAAGCAGACGGUUUUUUAACACACACUUUGACAGACAGUAUGUAGACAGUUCUUACAAAGAUGCAAAUUUCAGGGACUCACAGAACAAUUAUAUCCCCAACUUCCAGAGGCCGCUUUUGAGAAAGCAUGUGGCUGGGCGUGUUUCUGCUAGUAGUAGAAAAAGUUUUGAUGAUAGCCAACUAGGAGUUGGUGAACUGUCGAGCUAUAUGGAUGGUCCAAUAUCUCUCCAUGAUGCCCUGACUGAAGGUCUCAGUCCUAGUUCUGAUUGGUGCGCUAGGGUUGCUGCUUUUAACUAUCUCCGAACUUUGCUUCAGCAAGGGCCAAAAGGUGUCCAAGAAAUUACUCUGAGUUUUGAGAAGGUCAUGAAGUUGUUUUUCCAACACUUGGAUGACCCUCACCAUAAAGUUGCACAGGCAGCUCUGUCAACACUUGCUGAGAUCAUUCCAGCUUGUAAAAAGCCUUUUGAAAGUUACAUGGAAAGAAUCUUGCCACAUGUAUUUUCACGGUUAAUUGAUCCUAAGGAGUUAGUUCGGCAGCCUUGCUCAACAACUUUAGAAACUGUGAGCAAGACUUACGGUAUAGAUUCUCUCCUACCUGCUUUGCUCCGUUCAUUGGAUGAACAACGGUCACCAAAAGCAAAAUUAGCUGUAAUUGAGUUUGCCAUCAACUCCUUCAACAUGCAUGCUACAAAUUCUGAAGGUUCUGGUAAUAAUGGCAUCCUAAAGUUGUGGCUUGCUAAGUUGACACCUUCAGUCCAUGAUAAAAAUACGAAACUGAAGGAAGCAGCUAUUACAGGAAUUAUAUCAGUUUAUUCUCAUUUUGAUUCUACUGCGGUCUUAAAUUUUAUUCUCAGUCUCUCGGUUGAAGAACAAAAUUCACUGAGACGAGCACUAAAGCAGUACACCCCUCGAAUAGAGGUGGACUUGAUGAACUUCCUACAAAACAAGAAAGACCGUCAGCGAUCUAAAUCUUUCUACGACCCAUCAGAUGUUGUUGGGACUUCUUCAGAAGACGGAUAUGCUGGUGCAUCAAAGAAAGGUCACUUCUCUGGAAGGUAUUCAGCUGGAUCAGUUGAUGGUGAUAGUGGCAGAAAAUGGAAUUCCAUGCAAGAAUCCACUCAGAUCACAGGCUCCAUUGGCCAAACACCUUCAGAUGAAACUCAGGAGUAUUCUUAUCAAAAUCUUGAUGCUAUUUCUAAUACUGAGGCUCUUAGUUUCAAAGGCAAGGAUCUGAAGUACAGUACUAGCACAACGGUUGAGAACAUUGGAUCAUGGGUUAGCCGGACUGAAAAUGUGGAUCGUACUUUGGGUAUGGAGAGUUCUUUGGCAACUCCUCGUCUUGACCUUAAUGGACUGGUGAACUCUGAUCGCUUUGGAACUGGUUUUGGGGUUGGUCAAGAAAGUUCCCCUGAUGUGGAUCUUAAUCAAGAGAAGCGGAAUGCAGUUAAAAUUUACUCCAGUCCAGAUUCUGGACCAAGCAUUCCUCAAAUUCUUCACCAUAUUUGCAACGGAAAUGAUGGGAUUGUGAGCAAACGUGAGGCACUUCAGCAGUUGAUUGAAGUUUCUGUGGCUAACAAUCACUCUAUAUGGACCAAGUACUUCAACCAGAUUCUUACUGUGGUGCUUGAGGUAUUGGAUGAUUCAGAUUCUUCAACCAGGGAACUUGCUCUUACGUUGAUAGUUGAAAUGCUUAAUAAUCAGAAAGAUGGCAUGGAGGAUUCUGUUGAAAUUGUAAUUGAGAAACUGCUUAAUGUUACAAAGGAUACGGUUGCCAAGGUUUCGAAUGAAGCAGAGCAUUGUUUAACUAUUGUAUUAUCACAGUAUGAUCCAUUCAGAUGUCUUACUGUGAUUGUACCUCUAUUGGUUACCGAAGACGAGAAAACUCUUGUAACUUGCAUCAACUGUUUGACCAAGCUUGUGGGCAGGCUUUCGCAGGAGGAGCUAAUGGCUCAGUUGCCUUCAUUUCUGCCUGCUCUUUUUGAUGCAUUUGGGAACCAGAGUGCUGAUGUUCGUAAGACUGUUGUUUUCUGUUUAGUUGACAUCUAUAUCAUGCUUGGAAAAGCAUUUGUGCCAUACUUGGAGGGGCUUAACAGUACGCAGUUGCGGUUGGUGACGAUCUAUGCUAACCGGAUUUCACAAGCCAGGACAGGCAAUGCAAUAGAUGCUAACCAUGGUUAGAUGGGUUAGCAUGGAUGAAUAUGAUGGCUUCAGGAUGUUGGAGAUUCCUAUUGAAUGUUGUGUAUUUUGUAUAGUCUUGAAAUGCUUGAUUUUUAUUUGAGGGAAGGUGGGGGGUUGGUCUUGUGAGUGCUUUGGCUUUGGGGAGAGUACUGGCGGUAGUGUAACAAUAGUGUGAAACUGUAUUUACAUAUUCCCCUUGAAUGAGUGAGAAGUUUGGUUGGGGAGCUCCUUAGUUAAAUAAUUGUAUUGAAGUGAACAGUGAAUGAUACCACCCCUCGCGCCCCCUUUGUGACGAGAAA